AAAAUACCAUGAGAGUUUCUCUUUUCAGUCACUGCGGAGUCAAGGCAAGAUAGUUCUUGUUCCCUGACACGCUGAAGUAUCUGCUUCGCUGGGCUAUAGAAUGUCUCCACUCUUGGGUAACAGUUCACAUGAACAGGCUGCUGUACAUUAUGCAUCAGAAUCCAUUGGCUCCCUUGCCGUCUUCAUCCUCGUCUUCAUCAUAGGUAUCCCAGGCAAUGGGUUGGUAAUCUGGGUAGCUGGCCUGAAAAUGAAGAGGUCUGUGAAUGUUGUCUGGUUCCUAAACCUUGCUGUGGCUGAUUUCAUGUGCUGCUUGUCUUUGCCAUUUUUCAUUGUUCAUCUGCUCCUCCAUGAACACUGGCCAUAUGGCUGGUUCCUCUGCAAAGUCAUUCCAUCAGUCAUCAUAUUCACCAUGUUUGCUAGUGUUUUCCUACUCAUGGCCAUCAGCAUUGAUCGGUGCCUCCUUGUGAUGAAACCUGUCUGGUGUCAAAAUCAUCGAACAGUGAAGUUUGUAUCACUAAUGUGCAGUGGCAUUUGGAUUCUGGCCUUCAUUUUCUGCUGUCCUGUCUUUCACUACCGUGAGACUAUCACUUAUGAUGGCAAAACUGAGUGUGGGUACAAUUUUAGAAAUGAUAAAAUGCUGGAUUAUAUGGAUGACAAUGGUCUUGUAAAUGAAUUAUUGGAAGAAUACUCACCUUUAAUACCAACUGGCACAUAUAAUCGCACCAUCUUCAUUCAUCAGCUUGUUGAUGAUUAUCCAGAUUUCCAGACAGAGAGCAUAUCCACCAAUGAAGACAUAAUCACAACAGCCCACAUUCUGUAUUCUACAGUACCAGUAAACAUAAACUCACUGUUAACUUCCACUGCCUAUCCUGACAUCAAGCUGUUGGAAUCUCAUAGUGGUCUGCCUAGUGCAGACAUGUCUGCACCAUCCAACAUUGAGCUGCAUUUAAAGCUACCUGACCUUCCUGAUGGUUUGCUCGAUUUUGACAAUGUGUACAGUGGUAAUGACUCACUGGGAAAUGUCUAUGAGGAUGAUUAUUUUGUACCCCUCCCAUUAGUGGUCAUAACCAUCACCAGGGCUAUCUUUGGCUUCGUACUCCCCUUCAGCAUAAUGGCAUUUUGCUAUGCCCUUAUUGCUUUCAGGAUGCAUGCAAAUCAGUUUCACAGGCAACGUAGCAAGAUGCUGCGAGUGAUCUUGCUUGUGGUAGCUGCAUUCUUUGUCUGUUGGGCUCCAUACCACAUAGUUGGGAUUCUGUCUUUUGUAGCUACUCCUGGAAUAGGACUGAGGAAGUCAUUGGUCCUCUGGGAUCACCUCUCUACAGCACUGUCAUAUGUUAACAGCUGCAUCAACCCCCUGCUCUAUGUUUUUGUGGGGCGAGACUUCAGGGCAAAGGCACGACAGUCGGUGCAGGGAAUAUUGGAAGGUGCCUUUGUUGAGGAACUAACACAUUCAACCCCUUACUCCCUUGACAGAAGCAAGACAUCAACAGACAAGGAUGUUACUAGCACAGUCUAAUGCAGGACUUCAAAGCACCACUAUAGGAACAGAGUGCAUCAAUGACUUUCCACUUACAGCUUUUUUUUGCUCCAACGCAUUUGAUUAAUCUGCAGAGCUGCACAUAGGGCACUGAGAUAGUUCACAUGAGAGCAACUAACCCCCUUUAUAUCAUCCUCUAGAGAGACAGGGAGUUGAAAUACCAAGCGUAAUAAUCUUUGAGGGAGGACACUGGUGAGGAAGACGACCCAGAGUACAUUAACCUUUAAAGAAGAAAGCAGGCUUGCAAAAUGAUUUGUGGUGGGAUCAUAUAAUUUAAGCUCUGAAUUACUAAUGAACUAAUGACUAUGUUAUUAAAGUUAUUUCCAUAUUAUAUCUAUUAUAGAUGUUUUGCAUUUCCUGUUUCUGAUAAACUGCAGAGAGAACUAAC